AUGGGUCAGCCCGGAGCCAGGGCCUCAUUGGUCAGCCCUAAGCCAGGACCCCAUCGGUCAGCACGGAGCCAGGACCCCAUCGGUCAGCCCUGUGCCAGGACCCCAUCGGCCAGCACACAGCCAGGACCCCAUCGAGCUAGGACCCCGUUGGUCAGCCUAGAGCCAGGACCCCAGCGGUCAGCCCAGAGCCAGGAUCCCAUCGGUCAGCCCAAAGCCAGGGCCCCAUCGGACAGCACAGAUCCAGCAACCCAUCGGUCAUCCCAGAGCCAGGACCCCAUCGGUCAGCCCAGAUCUAGGACCCCAUCGGUCAGCCCAGAGCCAGGACCCCAUCAGUCAGCCCAGAGCUGGGACCCCGUUGGUCAGCCCAGAGCCAGGAUCCCAUCGGUCAGCCCAAAGCCAGGACCCCAUCGGUCAGCACACAGCCAGGAAACCAUCGGUCAGCACACAGCCAGGAAACCAUUGGUCAGCCCAAAGCCAGGACCCUAUCAAUCAGCACAGAGCCAGGACCCCAGCGGUCAGCCCAAAGCCAGGACCCCAUCGGUUAGCCCAGAGCCAGGACCCCAUUGGUCAGCCCAGAGCCAGAACCCCAUCUUCAGCCCAGAGCCAGGACCGUAUCGGUCAGCACGCAGCCAGGUCCCCAUCGGUCAGCACAUGGCCAGGACCCCAUCGGCCAGCACACAGCCAGGACUCCAUCGGUCAGCACUGAGCCAGGACCCCAUCAGUCAGCACGGAGCCAGGACCCCAUGGGUCAGCCCGGAGCCAGGGCCUCAUUGGACCCCAUCGGCCAGCACACAGCCAGGACCCCAUCGGUCAGCCCUGAGCCAGGACCCCAUCUUCAGCCCUGAGCCAGGACCCCAUCGGUCAGCCCAGAGCCGGAAUCCCAUCAGCCAUCACAACGCCAAGGCCCCAUUGUUCAGCACGGAGCCAGGUCCCCAUUGGUCAGCACGGAGGCAGGACCCCAUCUUCAGCCCAGAGCAAGGACCCCAUCGGUCAGCCCAGAGACAGGAACCCAGCGGUCAGCACACAGCUAGUACCCCAUUGGUCAGCAUGGAGCCAGGUCCCCAUGGGUCAGCAUGGAGCCAGGUCCCCAUCGGUCAGCCCAGAGCCAGGACCCCAUCGGUCAGCACACAGCCAGGACCCCAACAGUCAGCUUGGAGACAGGACGCCAUCGGUCAACCCGGAAGCAGGACCCCAUCGAUCAACCUAGAGCCGGGACCCCAUCGAUCUGCCCAGAUCCAGCAACCCAUCGGUCAUCCCAGUGCCUGGACCCCAUCGGUCAACCCAGAGCUAGGACCCCGUUGGUCAGCCCAGAGCCAGGACCCCAUCGGUCAGCCCAGAGUCAGGAUCCCAUCAGUCAGCCCAAAGCCAGGACCCCAUCGGUCAGCACACAGCCAGGAAACCAUCGGUCAGCCCAAAGCCAGGACCCUAUCAGUCAGCACAGAGCCCGGACCCCAGCGGUCAGCCCAGAGCCGGGACCCCAUUGGUCAGCCCAGAUCCAGGACCACAUCGGUCAGCCCAGAGCCAGAACCCCAUCUUCAGCCCAGAGUCAGGACCCCAUCGACCAGAGCCAGGACCCUAUCGGUCAGCACACAGCCAGGACCCCAUCGGUCGGUACGCAGCCAGGACCCCAUCGGUCAGCCCAGAUCCAGGGCCCCAUCCGUCAGCCCUGAGCCAGGACCCCAUCGGUCAGCAUGGAGCCAGGAUCCCAUCGGUCAGCCCUGUGCCAGGACACAAUCGGCCAGCACACAGCCAGGACCCCAUCGGUCAGCACAGAGCCAGGACCCCAUCGAUCUGCCCAGAUCCAGCAACCCAUCAGUCAUCCCAGAGCCAGGACCCCAUCGGUCAGCCCUUAGCCAGGACCCCAACAAUCAGCCUGGAGACUGGACGCCAUCGGUCAACCCGGAAGCAGGACCCCAUCGAUCAGCCCAGAGCCGGGACCCCAUCGAUCUUCCCAGAUCCAGCAACCCAUCGUUCAUCCCAGAGCCAGGACCCCAUCGGUCAGCCCAGAGCCAAGUUCCCAUCGGUCAGCCCAAAGCCAGGACCCCAUCGGUCAGCACACAGCCAGGAAACUAUUGGUCAGCCCAAAGCCAGGACCCUAUCAGUCAGCCCUGA